UUUAUUUCUCUCCAGUUUAUUUGUACCAAUAUGGCUCUGGCUCCUUCCCAGCACUUAAAUUGCAUUUGGAACAGUCUCUGGAUCAACCUUAUACUGAAUCAUAAUAUCUGUAGCCUUGGAUUUUCUCCCUUGUUAAAAAAAAAUCUUUCUUAAAGCUGUCUAAUGUAUCUGCCAGUACAACCGCUCCAGCAAUAAUCACUGUAUAAAUCUCCUUGUUCUGCCACUGAUACAACUGGUGGGACAUUUCCAAACAGGCCAGGGCCUUGUGUUUGCACUCUAGCAUGGUCCCUGGGCUUCAGGUUAGCUCAUUGGCUGGGAGAUGUAGUUCAGCAUAGGGGGGGAAAGAGUCAGUGACAUAACUAGAUACUGUUGGGUUUCCGGAUCGAUUGUCCAUUAAGGCAAAAGAUCAUUUAAUUCUACUACAGCAGUAGUCUACCACAACAGAUGGCGAGUCAAUGCAGGUGGUUCAAUUUUUCCCUUAAUUUCAGCAGAAUUAAAAGGAGCCAUAUUUUAUUUCGGGCAGCAAAAAGGCCGGCAUUGAGGUAAGACCUUUUUGUUUUGAUACUCUCAUAUUUGAGAAAGUUUUUGCUGUCUGCAAAUUGAUUUGUGGUCUCUAGGCUGCUGGAAUCAGGUAAAAAUCUACCAAAAGAACCUUUUGGGUGUAUGUGUGGUGUUUUUCAGUAUUAACUGCCCAGGUACUGGUUGGGGUAUAUCUGCAUAACUGCUGUGGGGUUUAUUCGUUUAUUUUUUAACCAUAAGGGACUGUUAUUGCCCCUGCUGGAGGAUCUGUGAGUGAUUCAGACCAGUGGAGGGAGUUUCUGUGUAUGCCGGGUGGUUGUAGGAUAAUCUUGUAGCAGGCAGAUAUGGCCAACAGUAUCUAGAGGGGAUUUAGAAUCAUUGUUUUUUUCAUUUGUGUUUGUUUUUCUGUCUCUCUACUAAGUGGUGUUUGUUUUAAAAUUGCGACUCUAUAGGUUUCAUCCUUGAGAAAAUCUUUUGUUUGGGAGGAUUGUAUUGCUUUUAUUAUUACAAGUUUCAAUAUUGGAGGUUGGGUAACAAUCCGACCAAUCUGAAUUACAAACCAAGUUUCUAGCCCUUGCUGAGCGCUGAGCAGGGGGAGCCUACGCCAUUUUGAAAUAGCACAUGUGCCAGUGGCCAUUUUGUCUUUGUCUUUAAGCACAUGUGCCAGCGGCCAUGUUGUCUUAGUUUUUGAAAAGGUAUAUUGGGCUAUUGGUGGGAGGCACAUCCCCUGCAUAUAACCCUAACAGUUGUUCUAUUGUAUAUAAUAGAUUUUCAUCUUUACAUUUCAUAACAGCAAAGUUCUCUUUGAACUUUUUGGAACAUUUUUUACAUUUUUGUUAUACCUCUCUGCUGUUCCCUGCAGUCUAUUGACUCCUACUUCCUCCAGGAUAGGGGGUUUUCCUAAGGAAGAGACCAUCACAUGGUGUUGUAAUUGUAAUUGUCCUUUUGUGUGAGUGAAGGAAGAGUGUUGCAUGGUUUACAACAUAAGGCUAUAUGUUAACUAGCUGUUUCUCUUUUUAUACUCCUUGUUUUCCUGCUCUUUCUCUCUUUAUUUUCCUCUCUUUAUCCUUCCUUCUGUCCUUUAUUCUCCCCAUCUCUCUCACUUUUCUCCAUUUCUCUCUUUUAAAACACUUUUGCUUACCCACUCUCUCUCUCUGUCUAUAACUACCACACUAACUCUUUGCCUUGCUUUUGGCUAGCCCUCUUUUCUGUUUUAAUCUAUUCUCAAACCAACACAUUCUCUGUAGGUUUGGUUGGAAGACAUCUUUUCCGUCAUUGGAAGUCUGGUAGUGUAGGAUAGCUGCUGUCUGCUUAUGAAAGUUGCUGCUGGGAAGGAAAUUCCUGUUAAUUAUGUCCAUAAGGACUGUGCUGCGAAGUCGGACUGUAUAGGGCGAAAAAACAGUGAACUGGUUAGCUUUUUGUGAGGAGAAAAAGUGGGCCAAGCCUACUCGGGUUCAUCAAUUGUCGCGUGAGCUUUGUUCUCUUUUCUCUUCCCCUCGAGGUCCAUCCUAAGGGUGGAAGGUGUCCGUGGUUCGUACCAAAGCCCGGGGGUGGAGUUUGUGGGGAAAUUAUUGAGGACUGUUCCCUUUCUUGUUCGCUUUCUUGACUUUUCGUCACUGAGUGACCAGGUGUCCGCGGUUCGUACCGGAAGCUUGGGGGACGGAACUUGGGGAGGUGAACUGGCGAGGGGUUUCUCUGUUUCUAUCUGUUUUUCUAGACACUUUCUCUCAAAACCUAUUGGCCUGACUGGGGCGACCAGGUGUCCGUGGUUCGUACCGGAAUCCCUAGGAAGGUUCAACUAUAUCUCCCUUGUUCUAACUUCCUGUCGCUCCCUCUCACUUGCUGUCAACACUCCAGGCAUUGGGGACUCUUAUCCUGCAGUCAGGGCACUGUUUUGAGCCAAUUUAGCACGAGGGAUAAGGAAGGUGUCCGUGGUUCGUACCUGUCCGGAUCCCUCGGCCGCUGAUCCUUCUCUCUGAGUGGGCUACGGUGGAUAAUGUCCGUGGUUCGUAUUUGAAGCCCUAGAGCUACUCAGAGGACGAACAGGUAAGGAUCGACGGCGGUCUGCGCGGUGGACGUAGACACUGUAGGUGGACACAUCUACUUGGAAAAAGCUCGAGACUCGAGUAUUGGUGUAGGGAAAUCUAGGGAACAGAAGGGUACCACUUCUGAGUUCAGGACGGCUCAGCAGCACAUGAAAUCCACAUAUGGAGGAGGGACUGUUAAGCCCCUCAAAGAUUGGCACAAAUGGUCUUCAGGUUUAGAAUGGUCCAUCCCUAAGGAGGGGACGUUUGAGGUCUGGAUCUGGGAAAGGUUCGUCCGUGAGUUCCACUCCAGACUCCAAACACAUGGGUCUUUAGAGAAGGCCAAUUUGUGGUUACAGGAAUCUACCAAGCCUUAGCAGCAGGGCAUUCAAAAGUCUCAGACAGUAAGGUCAAACAUAAUCAUGUACUUCCUUCCAGCCAGAACUGCAGAAAGCAAUAAUGAUAAGGACGAGACAGAGCUGCAAACAGGUUUAAAUUUGCUAGCAACACACGUCAUCUCAACAGCCUCAGCUCAUCUGUCUCCAUCACCAUCCCCACAUCCGGAAUCCGCAAAAGAUGCCUCUGACAAAACGGAUUACUGCCGCCUUGGAAAAUCCGAUUUGGUCACCUUAUGUGAAGCCAGAGGUAUCUCUAUAAUAGACAAAUCCAAAUUAGAAUGCAUAGAGGCCUUGGAAAGGGAUGACUUCCAACAGGGCCCUGAGGGGGAUUACAGGCGCUACGGGGGGGCAAGGAAUUCUGUAAGCAACUGACAGACAAAAUACCCACUAUGUAUAGUGUUGUGUCCCCAUUCCAGUUUAUGACAGCGAUCCAGGGCCCAGAUGAGGAUGCCUCGGUCUAUUGGCAGAGGUUAAAACAAGGGGUAACAGAUGCAGGGUUUGAGCCAGGUCCAGAUACCCCAGAGAACACCCAGUCAGUAUCGCCCAUCCAUCUAAUGUUAAAGGCUAAAUUUCUGGCUGGAUUGGUGCCUAAGCUGAGAGAUAGGCUAAUGGUUGCACGACCAGAGGCCCAUUCUAUGAGUUUCCACUCCCUUAUGGCAACAAUCCAGGCCAUAGAACUGGACCUGCAUGCCAAGUCGGCCAAAAUCAUGGCAGCUCUUGAGCUAAUAGCCCAGGACCACCUUCCCUAUACUAGGAAAAAGAAACUCACCAAACGUACUAAUAUAACUUGUUUUAAUUGCUAUCAAAAAGGACAUUUAGCGCGCCACUGUCCAGAAAAUGAGGACAAGAAAGAACAAAAUUCUCCUAGUCCUUAUAAAGUUGUUCCUGACCGGCCUCAUGCACAUAACCCAAACCCGGGGAAAUCUUACCGUAGUACGGAGGGCCCCCCGGGAACCUACCAUUUCAUACCAGACCCUGAAACAGUUAAAACCUUCGGAGCUGCUACACAGUCCCAUAGCUUCACCCACUAGGGGAAAGGCAAACCGGUGUCGGCCCAUUUCCAUCUAUUUCUUGAGGAAUUGCCAUAUCCUCUGUCCUGCCUCAUCGACACCGGCGCAGCCAGGACUGUUCUAAAAACACAAGAUCUAAAAGGCAGGAUUCCACUCUCUGGCAACACAACCCCCACCAUUGGGCUUACAGGUCAUCCAGUGACUCUUAGGGAGACGAAACCAUUGUACUGCAGGUUAGGUCAACACACCGAAGCAGUCAGAUCUCUAUUAGUUUCAGAUGAUGUCCCUAUCAACCUAUUGGGAGCAGACAUUCUGUCGGAGAUUCAGGCCAACAUCACUUAUACCCCAGAGGGUGUUGUGGUAACUAGUGCACUCACAGACGAGUUGCUGUGUGCAGUGGUGGCAGUCCCGUAUACUGGAGAACCUGGUACAAAUUUGUCCCUGGAUGUACUAGCUGAGAUAGACCCUAAGGUUUGAGCGGUUGACAAAAAUGAUGUCGGCUUGCUGCCAGUACCUCCAGCCACUAUACGGAUUGCCCCCGGUUGCGUGCUACCAAAAUUGCCACAGUAUCCUCUGAGUAUAGCGCAGAUGGACAGUCUCAAGAUCCAGAUUGAUAGAUAUCUCCAAAUCGAGGUCUUAACCCCAACACAAUCACCCUGUAAUACACAUUUAUUUCCAGUGGCAAAAAAAAAAAAAAUCAGCCAAGGGUCAGGAAGUCACUUACCGACUGGUCCAUGAUAACAAAAUCAUAGUCAGUGAUGCCUCGUUAGAGCCUAAUCCUCACACAUUACUUGCAUCCAUUCCUCAUAAAGCUUCGUACUUUAGUGUUAUCAACUUGUCUAAUGCCUUCUUUUCUGUUCCCCUAGAUCCACAGUGUCAAUACAUCUUUGCUUUUUCGUUCCAGGGUAGACAGCUGACAUGGACCCGGUUACCACAGGGGUCCAUAACUAGCCCAUCGGAAUAUAGUUGUAAGCUAAAGGUGGUAUUAGACUAGUGGGUGCCAGAGGAUCCAGAGGUCGCACUGUUACAAUAUGUGGGCGAUCUAUUAGUUUGUUGCCCGGAGAAGGAUUCAUGCUAUAGACACACUAUCUCGCUACUGAACCAUCUGGCAUCCACUGGGAAUAAGGCUAGCAAGGAAAAAUUGCAGUUUUGUAAGGAGAAGGUUAUUUUUCUAGGCCUCUGUAUCUCAAAAGGGACCCAACACCUAAUAACACAACAGAUACAGACUCUCAAAGACUUCACCCGACCUCGUAAUGCCCGACAGUUGAGAGCCCUUCUAGGUCUGAUCAAUUACAGCAGAGAUUGGAUCCCUAAUAUUUUAUUCAGAAUGGGUCCUCUCUAUACUUUCUGUGUUAUUACAGAAAGUUGGUGACAUAGUUUUAGAUUCCCCUCUAACCUUUCUCAUCCCACACUCUGUCCAAGAAAUUCUCAACCAGGUCCAAACCAAACAUCUUUCAGCAGCACGUCUGACCAAAUCUGAAGGGACUCUCCUUACCCCUACUAACCUCACACUGAGACGAUGUACAAUCCUCAAUCCCGCAUCUCUUCUCCCGACCCAUUCUGACUCGGAAGAAGAGGGGGGGACGAAGGGAUUGUGACUGACUCUAACCCAACCAUGACAGAACCAACAGACAAUCACAACUGUCUUGAACUCAUGGAACCCGAGACAGAAGCAGUACAACAUCCACCUCCGUGACGGGCGGAUCCACGCCAGCCACUGCAAGAAGCUGCUGGACUAUCAAGUGCAAUGAUCAGGUGCAUUGUUUCUAUAUACACUUGUUGUUUAAUGUAUUUUGGAUACUGUUAUGAGGAGUCACAUCCGAAUUUACUGUUCAAGAUGCAUUUACAAUUAGCAAAGACAGCAAAUAGGUCCAACUGCUGGGUGUGCUCCAAACCCCCUCCGAGCCAGAGCAUCCCGGCAAUGGCGGCAGUACAUGCCCUUUAUGACAUCAAGGUGGGCAUGAGAAAGUUUAGUCCUUCAGGUAGAUCAGCGGAACGCCAUAUGUCCAUAGAAUUUAAUCAGACAUUCUUAGAUGGUAAUGUCACCUAUGGUACUAGACUUAGCAGACCCGUGUGGGUAUCCGGUCAAUUAGGCCAGUCCGGGAUUUGUUUUAAUAUCAGCUCUGGUUUUGGAGCCAAGUCCCUGGGGAGGACCGAAUGCCCAUCUGGGAUAACCAUCCAGUUGUUGCGCAAUGCCCGUAACCGUAACCCCAAUGACCUUUGUGUCUCAUUAACUGGGCCCUAUUACUUUUUGUGCGGCCAGGCUGCCUAUAGAGUCGUUCCCCCUAAUACUAGAGGGUCAUGCUCCUUAGUCAGGUUAGUCCCUGCCUCCUACAUUGCCGACGGUCACAAGGACCUAAUGGUGCAGAGGAGGGUGAGUGUGGGAAGAAGGACCAGGAGAGAGCUAUUCUCCGCAGGGAACCGUGCAUGGGCAUGGUUUCCGGCAUGGACCGGAUGGGGUAUAGAACUUAUGAAGCGGCUUAAUAAUUUUUCCAUCAUAAUGGACGAGAUGUUUAAUGAGACAGUCGAAGCCAUGAGAGAAAUUUCUUCUGAACAACGACAGCUGAAGACCCUUAUGCUUCACGAGAAAAUGGCUCUCGACUAUCUUUUAGCAUCAAAGGGGGGUUUCUGUGAGUUCAUCGGGGAGGAUUGCUGUACCUGGGUGGAAAAUACUGGGGACAAGGUUCAGGCCCAUCUUGACAAGGUGAAAGAGUUACAGGGACAAGCAUGCGCUAUUGCAGAGGAGGGUUGGAACCCCUUUAAAGGUUUAGGGGGCUUCGGUGAUAUGUUGUUUUCUAUUGGAUCAUAGCUUAAAGAAGUUGAAGUGUAUGUCCUGAUGCUGCUCUGCUUUCUUUUCCUCCUCUAUGUGACGGCGAGAAUGACCUGUUGUUUGGUGAACCAAGUUGCAAAGAGCCGUGCAGAGGACCUUGUGAUGAUUCCAUAAAGAGCCAUCGCCUGAAGCAUCCGGAACCCUUUACCUCAGGAAGAUCAGCACAGGAAGAACCACCACCUUUUUUUUAACAAACUAUGGACUGUCCCUAAAAGAACCGACUUCUACCCUUCUUGGAGACUUUUUUUGGGCUGUUCUUCUCAAAGAAGACAUAACCAGAAACCUUGUAUGAUGACAUCACCUCCCUGAAGGCCAGUCUGGACCUCAUGAUCAAGAUAUAAAGAAGAUCAAGAAUAUUAGGCCGGUUCUUCUUGUUAGUGCAUUUGUAGUGUAGCAUGUUCCCUUUUCUUUCUGUACCCUUUAGAAGCUUUGGUUGGAGUGAUUGUAACAUUAGGAAGCCGUUGCUGUGACGACAUAUGGUGAAAAAGGAGGGACUGAUGUGGAAAUUUCUUAUAUUUCGCCAUAUGGCCGCCACCGAUGCGGGAAAAGCGUCUUUACGACCGACCUUUGCACAGUCGCCCGAUCAUUCCGAUUCCCAUCCGAUUUGUGUUCAUCAGGCAUGACUGCAGCAUGUCGGGUGUGGCGCCGGGUGGGGUUGAGGAAUACGGACCACUGAACAAAGGUGUACUUUUACAAGAUCAGUACAAGCCAUGCUAAGAUCACUGUGUCUGUGUAUAUGUAUAUUACCGGGGGAA